AUCGUCCCCCCAAAAAGCCUCAGGACAACCUCUCUGGGCCUUUAAAAAGCACCGAAAGCGAAGACGAGACACAUUCCAAGGUGAAACAUUCAAGUGCAACGAUUGAUGAGACACUUGGUGCAGCUGGCUGGAUCGCUGCCUCUGGGCGGACCGGGCACCUUCUGAGUGGGCAGAUAAGCAUCAUCGCCAGCACCUCAUUAAUAUUAUCAGAAAAAACAAGACACACGAGUUUGUCACAUCGAGCCGCCAACAUGAAGGGGAUGUUGCAGCUUGUCGUGAUCUGUUGCACUUUGUUGGCUGUGACGUGUUCAGGCCAGGCAAGCUUUCCUGAGCAAGAAAAGGAUCCCAAUUUCUGGAGAUCCUGGGCCCAGCGGACAUUGACCGACGCGCUGAUGCUGCAGCAACUCAACCAGAACAGAGCCAAGAAUCUCAUCAUGUUCCUUGGAGACGGGAUGGGCGUUCCCACGGUAACGGCUGCUCGGAUAUUGAAGGGUCAAUUGAGCGGACACCCUGGAGAGGAGACCGUGCUGGAGAUGGACAAGUUCCCCUUUGUGGCUUUGUCCAAGACAUACAACACGGACGCGCAGGUGGCUGACAGUGCCGGCACAGCCACGGCCUUUCUGUGUGGCGUCAAGGCCAACUGGGGUACGGUGGGCGUGAGCGCAAAUGCUGUCCGCUCCCAAUGCAACACCACGCAGGGUAACGAGGUCACCUCCAUCCUCAAGUGGGCCAAGGACGCAGGCAAGUCGGUGGGCAUUGUGACGACAACUCGUAUCAACCAUGCGACACCCAGCGCCGCCUACGCGCACAGCGUCGAUCGAGAAUGGUACUCGGACAACGAGAUGCCAGCAGAGGCGCUGCAGGCUGGCUGCAAAGACAUCGCCAGGCAACUGUUUGAAAAUAUCCCCAACAUUGAUGUUAUGAUGGGUGGAGGAAGGAAAUACAUGUUCCCCAAAAACACGCCGGAUGUGGAGUACCCUACUGUCGAGAAGCACAAUGGCACGCGCAACGAUGGGCGGAACCUGGUGCAGGAGUGGAUCGACAAAACCAAGAACAAUAAAGGCUAUUACGUGUGGAGCAAGACUCAGCUUUUAUCUCUCAACCCUGCCAAUGUUGAUCACUUACUGGGUCUCUUUGAACCGGCCGAUCUGAUGUACGAGUUGGAGAGGAACGCCGAAAGCGAUCCGUCACUCACAGAGAUGGUGGAUGUGGCCAUCAAGAUCUUGAGGAAGAACCCUAAUGGAUUCUUCCUGCUUGUAGAAGGCGGACGUAUCGACCACGGUCACCACGGGGGCUUAGCCCAGCUGGCUCUGCACGACGCCGUGGAAAUGGACCGGGCCAUCGGCCGAGCAGGCCUGAUGACCAGCAUCUUCGACACCAUGACCGUUGUGACUGCUGACCAUUCGCACGUUUUUAGCUUUGGAGGUUACACGUUCAGAGGAAACAGUAUUUUCGGCUUGGCCCCUGAGGUUAGCGAUGUUGACAAGAAGCCCUUCACCGCCAUUGCAUACGGCAAUGGCCCGGGUUAUAAGAUGGUCGACGGUGAAAGGGAGAACAUCUCCAAUGUUAACUUUGGGGACAUCUACUACCAGGCUCAGUCUGCCGUUCCGCUCAGCUCAGAGACCCACGGCGGAGAAGACGUGCCUGUGUUCGCCAAGGGCCCGCUGGCCCACCUGCUGCACGGCGUGCAUGAGCAGAACUACAUUCCGCACGUCAUGGCGUACGCGGCUUGCAUCGGGAGCAACAAGGCACACUGCGCCCAAAGCGGCUCCAUCUUUGAUGACGCCACACGCCCCGUCUUCUCCAGCGUCGUCGCCACGCUGGCAGUCGUGCCGAUUUCUGUGCUGACAGCAAUGCGCCAUUUGUGAUUUUACCGCUGUUGCUCUUGUGCUAUACAGCUCUUGAUUUUAUCCUUACGAUAACACGAAGAAUUUUCGGCCACACAUGUCAAAUAUAGCAUCAUAGCGCCACACGUCAUGAAGGUUGCCACAUAAUCUAAUUCUCCCGUCACCCUUUUCCAAUGGAAUAGUUGUGGCAUACGCGAUAGUAAUGUUUUCUGACCUUUACUUAGCCAAGGCGCAUAUUACAUUACAAAAUCCUUACACUACAGAAAAAAGUCUCAC